AUGCGAUAUGAAGCUUCUGCCCCACGCGUGGGCCUCGUCGCCUGCCUGCUGCUAGUGGUGGCGGCGAGCUGCCGGGCGCAAUUCGACAUGCCGGGCGCAGGCGGGCAGAAGGACCUGCCGCCCGCGGUGCGCUCUGACAUCCAGUUCAUAAAGUGCAGCGUGUGCCAGCUCUUUGUGAGGCAGUCGAUGCGCACCGUGCGGAAGCUGCGCGAGGAGCUCAAGCCGGGCAAGAAGCUGGAGGAGGGUGACGUCAUCGACAAGCUCGAGGGGCUGUGCAAUGUGAAGGGUCCCGAGGGGGAGUGGAUCAGGCAGAUCGACAUGGUGGAGGAGGGAGAUACGAUAGAGCUCAAGGACAUGGGCAAGGUGGGCAGGCACACCAGUGAGACGUCCACUGUGGCGCGGGCCUGUGUUGACGUGAGCGAGGCCCUGGACCUGUCAGACCUGUCAGAGGCCCUCUACAAGGGCAAGUCGCGCACGCAGCUGACCCAGCUGGCCUGCUACGACAUGAGCGGCGCCUGCAGCAAGAAGCCGCCGCCCGUGCCGGAGGACCGCGCCGCCGGCCCUGAAUUCGAGGAGCUGAGCGCUGACGAGGCGCAGCGGGAGAAGGUGAUGUCAUCGCUGGCGGCGUCGGGCAUGGGCGGGCAGAUGUACAGCCGCGACGAGAUCAAGCGGCAGAUGGAGCAGCUGCAGGGGCGGGCGGCGGCGGGGGAGUUUGGGGAGGGGAGCAGGCUAGAGGAGGCGCUCAGUGGCGGCGGAAAGGGCGGCGGCGGCGGGGUGGAGGGGCUGGCAGGGAGGCUGCAGGAGGGGGCCACGGCGGCGGCGGCGGCCGCGAGGGGGGCGGCGGCGAAGGCGGGCGAGGCGGUGGCCGGCGCGGCGGGCGCGGCGGGGCGGCUGAUCAGGUCGCUGUCUUCAAAGCUGGCAGGCGGCGGCGGCGGCGGGGCGGAGCUGUGA